AUGGAGGGUUUGAAUGAGAAGAAGAGGGGGCGAUGUGAAUCGGAGGAGGCGGAGCUGGAGAUUUACUCGCCGGAGGUGAAGCGGCUCCGGGAGAAUCUCCUGGAUGGAUUUGACGACGAGGUCGAGUUCUGCGCCGCAGCUCAGGAUCUCGACUUGUUCAUGAAGAGCUUCGAGGAGGAAAUCAUCGCUUCUCCUUCCACCGCCGCCGCCGGCGAUGGGGAAGCUGUCGAAUUGGUCGAUCUCACGUCGGAUUCCGGCGAUUCGCGGCCGGAUCUAGGGUAUUUGUUGGAGGCGUCUGAUGAUGAGCUCGGGCUUCCGCCGACAGCGUCUUCUUCCUCUUCUUUGGAGGGUGAUGUGGUGACUGAGUUGGUCCGUGUUGAUUCUGACUCGUCUGAACUCGGGAUCGAGUUCUGGGAGGUUCCGGGUUACGACUCGUUCGAGUUCGGAUUCGGGGAGUCGGAGUCGAACUUUGGGAGCGGCAACGACGGUGAAUACGUGGCGAUAGACGGGUUGUUUGAUUACUCGGAUUUGGGUUUCGGGUCGGGUGAAUAUGGAUGGGCACCCGAAACAUUGCCGGCCCAGUAG